GGUCGGAGUGAGAUCCACGGUUGACUGGUUUCGAAACAUGUCGUGGUAAUCUACAUGAGCUGUAUCGAAUGAUUUUGUGUCAUAAUUAAAAAUAAACGUUCAUUUAGUAAAAAAUAAAAGUGUAUUUAAUAAUAUCAAAAUAAUACUAAAUUGACAAGUGCGAGUCUAACUGGAUUAUAAUUGGAUUAUAAUUGAAUCCAUGAUUUCGAUUUAAAUUUGACCUAUUUCGGAUUUAAGCGAGGGAUCGAAAGACUCAGAAGACAGUGUUGAGGCUGCCUUUGUCCAUGCACACCAGUCAUGAUUUUCAAUGCACUGUUGGGGGUUGCCCUAUUGACAAGUCAUGUGAUGUCCACAUCCAUCCCUGGCAUGGUGACCUUGAACAUGACAGGGUCAUAUAUCGACGACUAUAAAAUCUUCAAUUCCACACAAGAUAACACGACCUAUAUUAAUGCAUCGCUGGCAUACUUGGCAGAUGGGACUUCUGUGGACGUCAAUAGCUAUUUGAUAAAACGACCACCAACAAUUGCUGGAGUAGAGGUGGAGGUUUUAGAUGCUGGGAAUUACAACCUAACCGGAAAUUACAACAAUUCCCUGCCUGAAUAUGCAAACCGCCUAAGGGCAUCAUAUACCAUUCAAAAAACAUAUGCAUCCAGUAAUGCAGAUGAGAUUUUCAGGCUUUGGAUUUAUGUUGAAAACCUUGACCAAGAGAAUGUUACAGACGUUGAAGUUGAGAUUUUUCUUAAUUCUGGACUGCGUGCUCAAAACCUAGGAAUGAGUGGGAUCCUGGCGAAUAACUCAUAUAUAAGCUAUGGCACAUCCUAUUUAAGCUGGUCUGUGGGAAAUAUGACAGGUAAUUCAAGCACAAAUGGGUCGUUCCUAGCUCAAGUGAAUUCAGACACAAUGGGCAAUGGACUCAACUAUUACUUUUGUGCUGUGACCUGGUCCAACACAACAGACAAGAAUUCAACGUGGACUAUGACCGUUAAUUUGUGUAUUGAUGCAACUAUCACCUAUGAGCAAAGUUUGUUCUACAAGCAAGGCUACACUGCACUCUCAUUCUUCAUGGCGUUUAUCCUGGGCAUCCUUCUUGUGGUCUUAGGGUUCUUCAUAUACCACAUGAUCCGCAGAAAGAAGUCCAUAUCACCAUCUAAAGCCAAUCAAGAGAAAGUAUUGAUGGAGAGGGGUAAGGCAAUAAUGAUGGAUGAAAACGAUGCUUUGAAGCGGACAGGACACACUAUCAAUGAAUACAGCGUCAUUGGAGAGGGUGACUCCAUUGUGGGUCUGUUGGGAAUGAAGGACAAGAUGCAGAUGCAUAGAGAGAUUGACAGUCUGGACAUCCUAAACACGGUCAUAAUCGACACCAGUCUCGAGAAGGAACGCAACGACGCUUCCAUGGCAACCACUGAGCUUCUUAUUGGUGGUCUCCAUGCCAACAAUGACAUCACCAAGGCAACCAUGGACACUGCUGUGAACAAUCUGCGUAGCAGACGUACUCACAUGGACAGACAACAAGACGAGGAUUACAAACGGGAGAUGAAUAAGUUGUAUAAGAAGAUCAGUGCCAAGAACAGGGCGAUGAUGAACUCUCUGAUACAGAAACAGCGAGAUGAGAAGAAGGAACUUGUCAGUAACACGCAGGACCUCCCACCAAAGGAGCAGGAGGAUCUAAUCCGUCUGAUGAAUGAGCAGCAACAGUCUGAGCUGAACGCAGAGACAUACCGGCUGAAACUGGAACAGGAUGAGGAAACAGAGAAACUACGCAAGGAGUUUGCUAUACGGAGCCGUAUGGGUAUCAAGGAGUUACAGCUACAGGCCUUGCAGGAUGUCAAGGACCAAGGCAAGCUGUCUGACCAGCAGAUCAAGUGGCUGCUAGCGGAACACCAGAAGAACCAGAAAGCUCUCGAGGGCAUGUAUGACGACGAGAUAUCCAGGCAGCGCAUGAACCUCGAGGAGAAACUGGCUCGCAGAAAGGCACUUGCGCAGGCUGCUGAAACCCAGGAGGACGACAAUGACGACCUGUUGAACACAGUGGCCGGCCACCAGAUCGGGGCUAUUGAAGCCAUGAAAAAAGCCAAGGCCAUCUCGGCUGCAGAUGCAAACGUUCUGAUCGAUCAAGCGAAGGCAGAAAUGAUCACGAUCAAGGAUAAAAUGGAGAAGGACCGAGCCAAUCAGGAGUCAGCACUACACAAGCGUCUCAGUGAUCUGAAGAAAAAGCGUCUUAGCGAUCUGGAAAAAGAGCACGAGGCUGAAAUUCGGGAAUAUGACAGGAAGUGUGCCGAGAUGCAGACUGAGGGGCCCAUAGACCCUGUCACGUAUGCUGAUGGUCGACUGAAGCUGUUGUCUCAGCAGAGAGUUGAGAAGGCUAAUCUGGAGAACGAGAUUGAUAACGAGAACAUAGAGCAGCUCGCCAAGCUACGCUCAGAGAUCGCAACCCAGACUGAGAGUGAUUUGAGGAAUGUGAAUACACAUCUGUUGGAGAAACUGGAUGGUAACGACAGGGCCAAGGUAGACCAGCUGUUGGCCGACCAUAAGCGUGAGAUCGAGGCUCUGAGGGCAGCGCAGGCUCGAAACCGCGACAAACAGUUGAAGAAACUUCAGGAGCGGCUGGAGGAGAGCCGUGAGCAAUGGAACCAGCGCAAGGAGGCCGAGAAAGAAGAGCAGCAGCAGCUGAGGGAGUACGAGGAUAAUGUGGUCAGUAAGUUGGUGAACAGUCAGGUGUCCAUGUCAGAUGAUGAAAGAGAGAGGAUCCUAAAAGAACAUGAGAAACAGAUGGUGAAACUUGAAAACAGUCUGACACUGAACAAACUGCGCCAAAAGCGUAUGAUCGAAGAAAAGAUCGCCCAGCGGCGCUCUGCUCAGAUGGAGAAACUGCAGCUUAAACAGCACAAGGAAAAAGAGACCCAGCGUCGGCAGAUCGAGAACACCGAUGAGGAUUCUGGGGACGAGGCGUCGCAGCGUAAGAAGCUGGAGUUGAUGAAAGAACACGUCGAGCAGAAGAUGGCCGUGCUUCAGGGACGAAAGAUGGACUGGGAUACAGAACUCGAGUCUAUCCGUGUAGAGAUGCUGAAGGAGCGCUCCCUGGCUCUCAAGGACCAGGAGGAGAGGCUGGGGGCACUCGUGGCUCAACUGCAGCUCUCCAAGGCUAAAGAGCUGGCCAAGAUAGAGGAACAGCAGCGUGCAAUUCACAACCUGAAGACCAAUCUGAUAGACGACCUCAACUCACGGGGGGUCCUGUCUGACCCAGAAACACAGGCUGUCAUCAAACGACAUCAGGAGGAACAAGAAGUUCUGAAUCAGAGGCUGGAAAAGCAGCGUCAGAGUCAGGAAAUGGCCCUACGAGAGAAGCUACAGAUGCGUCUCCAGCAGAGGGAGAAGUCGAUGAUUUCCAUGCAAGACGAAGAACUCAAGAACCUGGCUGCUCCAAACAAGACCGCUGCAAAAAUUAAAAAAAUGUUGCUCAUCCAUAAGCAUAUGGUGUCCAUGGAAAAGAUGAGAAACCAGUUGGAGAGAGAGAUCAGCCAGACGCUAGAGCAGGUUAGACACGAAUAUGAAGUCUGCAAACGCAAGGCAGUUCAAGACCAGGAGAUGGAGUUCAUAGCCGGCCUUGUGCGUGUUGGAACAAUCCCUAAAGAAGAACUGGAGUCCGUGUUACGGACUCUAUAUCCAGGAAAGUCGGAAGAAGAGCUGAAGGACAUCCUUGGCAAGAUAUUUGACCCCAAACUGCAGACCAACCAGCCUCCCAUGGACCAUGCACAGGCUACCGCUCUUUUGAGCCGCGUCAUGGAGUCUCAGGCUCAUCCCCCACCGUUCCUGCGCCGGCAAUCUUCCAUCAGCAACAUGGGGUCUAGCAGAACCAGCAUAACCGCACGGGAAAUUCUGGUGCAGGAAGAUUCUUUACGAGGCUCAAAGCGAUCAGCCCGCGAACCCGCCUUCCCAACACCUUCAGAACAACAACAACACUACGAUCGCAUUGAAGACAACUCUCGUUUCCGACCGAGCAGUCGUCAGUUUGAUGACUCGCCACAAUUUCCCCACCCGGCUCAAAGAUCACUCAAAUCACUCAAUUCUUCCACUGGUUUUCGCAUCGAAGAUCGGGAAACUUACAACAAUGCCCCCCACCCGCUUGAGCAGGGCCUAGGCGGGUCACAGAGGAAUGGUAAUGCAUACGGUAACAGGAUCAUGGAGGAAGAUGAUGAUGAUGAGGUUGCUACAGCAAUAUACGCAGGACCCGACCGACGUCUGCCCCCCUCGAAACUUCCCCCCCUAGCUCAAUCUGGGAGGAAGAAGAAGAAGAAGAACUUUUUAAAGAAAGUUGCUAAAAACUCACCCAGACUUCAUGAUGAUGAUGAUGAGCUGUAAAAAAAUACACUUGUGCUAAAGUUUUUAUAAACACAAUUGUGAAUGUUAUAAUAUUUCUUUUUAAUUUUUUUAAGAACUUAGAAUACUCAUCAAAUUCAGGGCAUGUUGUGAUACUUGUUAUGUUUCCGGUAUAAAAUUUUAAAAUCUCUAAUAAAAGUGUUUACAGGGUUUCUUCAAAAUGUGUUGCCUUUUAUCAUUUUUGGAUUUUUAAAUAAUUUUUGUAAGUGUGCUAAACAUUUUGCAAAAUGAUCACUUGAGCCAUCAGUUCUACAAUGUUUAUUUUCACUCAAUGUAUCUGAUAUGUAUGAAUUGAUGUUGUUUAUGUUCUAGCUUAAAAUUUUUGACUGAAUUCAAAACUAAAAGAAAGUUCUUAUUUACAAGUAAUAGCAUGAUUCUGGCUUUUAAUCAAAACUCUAUGUAUUGACACAAUAUGUAAAUCUACUAAUUGACUUAAAUAAAAAUUAUAUAUUGCAUUAUUGUAACAUAAUGAAUUAUAAAAGUGUAUUGUCAAGCCUUUAUACAAAUAACCUACUAUAAUUUUGUUUUACUCUAGGUAUGUUACUCUCAGGCAUAUUUUGAUAAUAUCAAAAUAAUUUUGUGAUAUGUAAAAUUUUACAUAUUUUACUUUAAUUUGUACCAAUUUAUUGACAGUUAAUUAUUGAUUUUUUACACCAAUAACUUUGUAUUUUAAGUAUUGUUGUAAAUGAACUGGUAAUUAGAUUUACAUAAUUAUUUAUCUUUUUUGUAGUAAGUGUUUUUUAUCUGUAUGACAUUAUAGUUAUAAAGCUUGAAUAUUUUGAAUUCUACAAAAAAUGUGGUGCCUUUUCACUUCAAAAUGCUGUCUUAUAAUUAUACCUAAAGAAAAAAACAAUUGGGCAUGUUUUCAUGUCAUAUUUAUCUAUGCUAUUACUAUGAACUCUGGAUGAAAUGUACUCCCACUUUGACCUCAAAAAGGUACAGUAUAGGUUCAAAUAUAAAGAGUAGACAGCUCAGUUUUUUUUGUAUCUUUUAUUUUUGGAGCACAUUUAGAUUUUAAAAUAUAUUUUAGUAAGCAUCUGUGAUAUUUCAUUUUUAAUAUUUUAUAAUAAGUAGAAGUAUUAUUAGUAUAAUUUUUGCUCAUUAUUUAAUUAUUGCAUGAACUUGUCUAUGAUUUUUUAUAGAUGUUUACGUUUGUGUGAAUGACUAUUCUUAUUACUUUUUUAUUUCAGCAAAUGUAUUUUUUAAUUUGAUUUUUAAACUAAAGGUUUUCAUUGUGGAAAGACUUAACAUAGUAUUAUGUGAAGUUGGAAUAGGACAUCAAUUUGGGAAUAAAUUGUGUUUUUUCAAGAGUGCAUAAUAUGCAGUUUUACAUGUUGUAUUUAUUAGUUUGACAUAUUAUACUUAAAAUAGAUACUUGCAUAUAUAAAAGCAUCAUUUAAAUUGAUUUUACUACAAAACUGGAUUUUUUAUUGAUUUUUUUUUUAAAUCCUCAUAAACGCAUGAACACAGUUUAAAAAUACAGUAAAAAGGAUUAAAAAAACAAUCAUUGUUAAUGAAAAAGUCAUAGAAAAUUGGUUAUUAAGCUUUAAGUCUAGAUAAAAUAUAACAAAAAUAAAUUCAGAUCAUGAAAUGAAUAGUUUUGUUGGAGAAAAUCGCCAAAAUGAUGUCCAUUCCCAGUUUGAUGUCUUAGUCCAAAUUCACAUAAUACAGUGAUCACUUGUGAAAAGUCAACUUCAGUUCUAUUGCGUAUAUGCAAUAUCAAUAUGAACCUUUUCCCGUACCAUUGUUUAUUGUUCAGUGAAUAAUUAUUUGGGGUUCUAAUGAAUAGGAGUUUAUCCAUGAAGGCAUUUAAUAAUGAAUAGCUGAGUGUUUAACAGUCAACUUGAGAGCACUAAAAAAAAAUGUCUGUUAGUUUGGAUUUAAUGAAAAAUCCCUUAAAAGGAAACCGUGCCCAUGCAUGCAUUGCAUGAACACAGUUUGAAAAUGGAGUGAAAAAAAACUAAACAUUUUUUUAUUAGGUCAUAGAAAAAUUGCUUAUUUUACUAUGGUAUAUGCAUAGAAUAUAAGAAACAUAUAUAGACAACAUACAAUGCACAGUUUGUGUGAGAAAAUCACCGAAAUGAAGCCCAUUCCUAUAUUUAUAUUUUAUUCCAAAUUUACAUAAUACUGUGUUCUAUUAAUACAAAAUGUAGUUGCAGAAUUCAAAGAAAAAACUUAUUUGUAGGCUGUUCUUUAGUUUGGAACUACAUUUUAAUUGGGUACAGAAGUUUUACUAUGCUUAUUUUGUUCUUUGUCUUUAGCAAAUCAGCAUGCGUCCUGUUUCAAUUAGCAUUAACUCCGUGAAAUUGUGGCACAAUUAAUAUAAUAGUUUGGUUGUGUGUUUGUUUUUAAGUUUUUGUUGCAGCAGUGUUUCUUUUCAGUUGAUAUUUCCUCUCUAAUUUUGUAAUAGCAUUCAUAAUUACUCUUGAUUAUUCCUUUCUUUUUCGUGGAAAUUCCUUUUAGUUCAGAUUAUUUCGAACCUACUACCCAUUCAUUACUUAUACAUGCGAUUAUUAGGAACUUACUACCCAUUCAUUACUUACACAUGCCAUUAUAAGGAACCUACUACCCAUUCAUCUUAUACAUGCCAUUAUUUGAGCCUUAUUCUGGGUAAACUGGGCUUAAUGCAUGUGCGUAAAGUGUCAUCACAGAAAAUGAAAGUUUUGUCCCUUAUUACCCUAUGUGGACUGCACAGGCUAAUCUGGAAUGACAUUUUAUGCAUUUUCUUUGAGCCGGAAAUUCCCACUAAGAUACCCAUUUGAGCCUUUGUUUCGUAUUAUAGUUUCCAGGCUUCAAAAGUUCUCUAUUCAUUGUGUACUCAGAAUCAUACAAAAUGCAUGUCUUCUUUAUAAAUACCGGUAGCUUAAACUCUGUUGAUUAAGUACCAUAUUAUUAUUCCUUCUAUGUCUACAUCUUUUUACAACUGUUCUAUAUCUUUACGAAUAUAUAUUCUUUGAGAGUG